AUGGGACAAGCUUCUCAGUAUGCAAAAAGUUUUAUAUCCUCUUCUGUUGUAGGCAUUCCGUUAACAAAUACCACAGAAGGUGUUACAUCUCCUCUUAACUUCACCUUUACGGAGAUACCACUAAAUGCCACGGGGACGGUCAAUCGAUCAGACCUUAUAACAGGCCCUAUUUCCACUGCACCACCAACAUUAAAUGAGACUGUUGAGUGGACAACAGCUGUAACUACAACGGACUUUCCGGAAAUCAUUGUAUUUGUUGACGAAAAAAAUCCUUCGGCCCCGCCAACCUUAAACGCCAGUUCUUCGGCCAAGGAUCUUAACGAGAAGUUCGAAAAAGCUGAGAAAAUUGGAGCCAUAGCCGGUGGAGUGAUGGCUGUUAUUGUGUUUGGCAUUGUUUUGGCUAUCUACUUCCUCUAUCGAAAGUAUCACGGUGAUUCAAUUAGCUUUUGA